GUGCACAUAGGAAAGUGUCAUGGCAGAGUAGGGUACCCGCCUGACACAUGGAGUUUCCCGAGGAGGUCCUGGCGCACAUCUUUUCCUACCUGCCGCUCUGGGACAGGUACAGCGCGUCCCAGGUGUGCAGGGCGUGGUCCCAAACCAUGAGCCACCCCUCCGUCUGGUAUUACACCGAGGUGAGGUGUGAGGCGGGGAUGGAGGGGCUCGGGCUGCAGCAGUUCUGCCAGCUGCUGAGGAUGGUGAAGCGGCUGAAGAUCUCGGUGCGGCAGCUGAAGGAGGCAGCGAGCCGCGCCAUGGCGGUGCGGGUCCUGAACCACGCCACUGUGCGGGACAACCACCUGAGCGCGCUCUGCGUGUCCUGCACUGGGGACUUCCCGCUCUUCUACGCCGGCGAUGACAUCCUGCGUGGCGUGGAGGCGGUGCUGCAGGACGAGGACAGCGGCCUGUCCCUGCGGGAGGUGGACCUGCGUGACAUGCCCUUCACCCUGAGUGAUGCACUGGUGCGGAGCCUGGCCCAGCGCAGCCCCUGCCUGCACUCGCUCUACAUCAACAACCAGACGCUGGUGUGCAACGUCACCCCUGACACCGUCCGGGAGGUGCUGGCAUCCUGCCCCGAGCUCCGCACCCUGGGAGUGUUUUAUGCUAGCCUAUCAGAGGAGGUUCUGGCCGAGCUGCUCCGCCCACAGCGGCCCCCGUUCGCCCUGCUGGAGCUGUUCUGUGAGCGCUCUGAUAAGUACGUCUCCACCAUCUCCGAUGAACUGUGGGUCGCCCUGCGUGAGAGGCACCCGGCGCUGGCGGUCAACGUGGUGCUGAACCACACCCUGCCCGCCAAGAAGUUCCUGAAGAUCCUGCAGCCCAGCCUGCCGGUGCGCGAGCUGGAGCUGCUCACCUACACCUACCUGGUGGACGAGGUGCGCUUUGCGGCCACCAGCUACAGCGGCACGCUGGAGAAGCUGGUGCUGCAGACCACGUCCUCGCCCGAGCUGGACGCCGCGCUGGUGGGCGUGGCCGAGUGCUGCUCCCGCCUCCGCGAGGUGCACUGCUACUGUGUGGUGUCACAUGACGUGGUGCGGGCCUUCCUCACCCACUGCCCGCAGCUGUGGAGGUACACUCUGAAAACACAGAAAGAGAAGCACCCCUGGACCUGUACUCUGCUGAAGUGAA